CGCACAUCCGGUGGAGUUUCGACCAAUGAGAAGGCGUCGUUUCGUUUGAACCGGGGGAGCGGUACUCUUAUCGUUGUUCUGUCUGUUGUUUAAAAACGGAAUAAAAUACUUAUAUUUCAUCCCGUAACUAAAUCAACUAACGUUAGCUAAAAAAUUAAAUAAAUAAAAAGGUGUGAUAACGGAUACAGACGGAGGGGACGUUUAAUGUUUGAGUUUGUCGGUUCCCGAUCUUCUUGUUGGUGAAACUGACCUGAGUAAAGAUGAACCGAGCAGGCCAACCGUUGUUCAUGAAGACCUACGGCAAACAGAAACGGAAGUUGGAGGCCUGGAUCUCCCCUGACAACCGAAAACAGGUUUUCGACACCACCUCUUCCUCUGACCUCUCCAUUGCUGAGCCCUCCAACCCCAAACCCCCGGCCAAGAGAGGGAGAAAGACAAGUACAGCAGAUGGCAGUAGAGCGACGCGACUAGCUAAGUCCAAUGCCCUGUCCUGUCUGAGAGAGAAGGACAGUGACGAAGAGAACAUCUUCAUUGUCCCUCCUCCUCCUCCUCCUCCUCACACCCAGCAGCAGAGCAACAACGCAGACAGUCCGACUCCAGGGAAGUUUGUGACGCAUCGUAGGGGAGCAACAACCGCCAAACACAAAGCCCCCAAGAGGAAACUCAGAGUCCUGCUGGCCCAGCUCAGCUCAAACUCCUCUGAUGACUUCGUCCAUGAUGGAAGAGAAGAAGGGGGAGUGGUCCAGCGUGCCUUCCCUUGCCGUGCCAAACAGGGGCGCCGCCGUGCCCUGGCCAACGCUGACAGCUCGUUGGCCGACCCGGGGAACAGCGGAGUAGUAACCAACGGUUACGGUUUCCUGCGAGAUAUCUCUCUGAAUGAUUCGCCCGAGCGCCCCUCGGGACCCUGCCACAGGAAACCUCUCUUCUCCUCCACCCCUAGCUCACGUUCCCUCCGUCCUCCCAUCUCUCCCUCCGCCAGCGACGUCAUCUCUCUGAGCGCCGCCCGGGAGGAGCUGGCCGUUCCAGAGGACCCGCUCCGUCCCUCUCCGUCUGCCUCGCUCGCAGAUCCACGUCCUGGGCAACGCCAGCUGUCGUCCCUGUGCCGGGAAGUGGGACCAGAGGUAGGAAACUGCGAAGGAUCAACCAGCGUGAGGAGUAACAGGAGCCGGAAUGGAGACUCGGCGAUCCAAGAUGGCGUCGGUGAGCAGCUGAGCCUGAGCCUGUUCUCCGCGGUUGCCUGUGAGCGGACUGGCUCAGGCACGGCCGGGGAGGAAACUGAGGACGGCAGCCAUUUUGUGUCGGCGACGACGGCGGGACGGGAUUGGCUGGCCGAGGUAGUGAAGGAGAGAUGUCUGACGCGGCGCUGUGUCGUACGGCUAGAGAGAGAGUACAAACUGCACCGCGACGCCACCUAUUCGUCCUGCGUCGACCCUACGAGGUCACGCUACGACGGCGGGUCCGUCGACCACUCGGUGAUCAGAGAUCCGUCUACAGCGAGGGGUAUAGAGAUCCGUCUAGAGGAGACACCGUCUAGAGGAGACGCGGGGUCGGCGAACGAAGGGCGGUCUGUAGACCGUGCGGUCAACGACAGCGUUCGGACUCUGGGAAGGGUCGCGUCGAUCAGCCGGACCGGUGAGGAACUUCUCAGGGUGGUGCAGAGAUGUCUGAAUGUACACUGUGAGGUACAGCUGGAGAGGCUGAUCGUCCCUAAAGGGAACUUUCACAAGGACAAGGACAGUCUCGUCCCUAAAGACCACGUUCCCAAGGACAGUCUCGUCCCUAAAGACCACGUUCCCAAGGACAGUCUCGUCCCUAAAGACCACGUUCCCAAGGACAGUCUCGUCCCUAAAGACCACGUUCCCAAGGACAGUCUCGUCCCUAAAGACCACGUUCCCAAGGACAGUCUCGUCCCUAAAGACCACGUUCCCAAGGACAGUCUCGUCCCUAAAGACCACGUUCCCAAGGACAGUCUCGUCCCUAAAGACCACGUUCCCAAGGACAGUCUCGUCCCUAAAGACCACGUUCCCAAGGACAGUCUCGUCCCUAAAGACCACGUUCCCAAGGACAGUCUCGUCCCUAAAGACCACGUUCCCAAGGACAGUCUCGUCCCUAAAGACCACGUUCCCAAGGACAGUCUCGUCCCUAAAGACCACGUUCCCAAGGACAGUCUCGUCCCUAAAGACCACGUUCCCAAGGACAGUCUUGUCCCUAAAGACCACGUUCCCAAGGAGAACCCACACAGAAGGAAGAUGGGAGGUGUUCCCAAAGAGAGGAAGCGGAGGAGCGUGUCUCGGGAGCGCCCCGCCACCGGGAGGAAGGUGUGCGUGAGCGGUGUGAGUUUGAGUCGCUGGGGAAGGAGAGACGGGCCUCCGACCGGCAGAGCAGCGCCUCCCCCUGGUAGAGCUGGGGACUGCAGCAUUACUGAACUGCUGUCUGCUCAACACACACGCAAGGUAUCCAGUCUAUCAGACAGUAUUAUAUUAUCCUGUUCCAGGUAUCCAGUCUAUCAGACAGUAUUAUAUUAUCCUGUUCCAGGUAUCCAGUCUAUCAGACAGUAUUAUAUUAUCCUGUUCCAGGUAUCCAGUCUAUCAGACAGUAUUAUAUUAUCCUGUUCCAGGUAUCCAGUCUAUCAGACAGUAUAGUCCUGUGGACUCCAGGUAACAGUGUCCAUCUGUCCUCUCUGCUGGGGACUCCUGACACUCACACCUGGAGUCGCCUCAAAGCUGCCCUCUCCCUACACAGGAAGACCA